GCCAGAGGAGGCGCAAGAAGUGCAGGAUGCCUUGGAGGCCCUGCGUUUGGUGGCCCACAAGAGCGGCAUCGAGGGAAUCCAACGCUUGGUCCAGGUCUCUCAGAAGGUGGAAUGCUUGGAACGCUUGGAAAAGGGGCUGGAGCUACUGGAAUCCGCAAGGCUCAUCAGGCCAUGGCAAAGCAAAGGAGAGAUUCCGGACCAUUGGCAGUUGGUGGCGGAAUUUGA